GGAAGGAGGAAGAUGACAAAAACCGCUGCGGUUCAAUUAUCCAGUAGGGUUUUUGAGUAUAUUCUCUGUCGGUACUCUCUCUCUCUCUUCCCAAGGCAAUGGCGGUUUUCUCUAUCUGCGCUUUCAUUCCUGCGCUCCGCUCCCAAUCAGGUCCCAGCCCGGAGCUGCUUCGGUCUCGCUUCCCUCUGCAUUCCCUCUCCCGCGGAACCGAAGAGGGGGUCGACAGGCGAAGCGCCAGCUCCCGGAGGUUCGUGGUCCUGUCCACUCACUCCAAUCCCAGGAUUCUCAAGGUUAAUCGGAAGUCCAGGCACGGGCGGCCUCUGUCGCCCUUUGAUAGCGACGACGACGACGAGAGUGUGGAGUUCGAUGAGGAUGAGGAUGAGGAUGAGGACGAUUGGUCGGAUGAGGAUGAAUUUGCAGAAAUAGCAGAAUAUGAAGUGCAAAAUAAAGAUAAGAAGAAGAAAGACAGGUGGAGACAGCCAAACAAAGGUUGGAGAUCUGGUUCCCUGAGUUCUAGGCAGCAGAAUGAUCACCAUGAAUAUAAGAAUCAAGUGAGAAAUGCCGUGAAUACUUUUCCCACUCCCGACCACAAAAACGAAAUUGCUUCCUACAAUGUAACUGGAAGGGGAAAGCAGAAAGAAAUCAAACCUUGCCAGUGUGGAUUUCCUAUACUUUCUGAAGAAAUAGAUUUGGACGUGAGAUGGAUCCCUCUUCUUGAUUACUUGUGCACUUUUGGACUUAAAGAAACACAUUUUCUUCAAAUGUAUGAGAGACACAUGCCUUCACUGCAAAUAAAUGUUGGCUCUGCAAAGGAAAGGUUGGAUUACUUGUUGAGCAUCGGUGUUAAAAAUCGCGAUGUCAAAAGAAUACUUUUGAGGCAGCCACAGAUUUUAGAGUACACAGUGGAGAACAAUUUGAAGUCCCAUGUUGCGUUUUUGAUGGGUCUGGGCAUACCAAAUUCUCGAAUAGGACAGAUUAUUGCUGCUGCUCCAUCCCUGUUUUCAUAUAGUGUUGAGAAUUCAUUAAAACCCACAGUUCGCUACUUAGUUGAGGAGGUUGGCAUCAAGGAAAAGGACUUAGGUAAAGUGGUGCAGCUGAGCCCUCAAAUACUUGUCCAGCGAAUCGACGUCUCAUGGAAUACUCGCUAUUUGUUCCUAUCAAAGGAAUUAGGUGCACCAAGAGACAGUGUAGUGAAAAUGGUAACAAAACAUCCCCAGCUCCUGCAUUACAGCAUUGAUGAUGGACUGCUGCCAAGAAUCAAUUUCCUGAGGAGUAUCGGGAUGUGUAACUCUGACAUCUUAAAAGUUUUGACUAGCCUUACACAGGUGUUAUCUUUGUCAUUGGAGGACAAUCUUAAACCCAAAUACAAGUACUUGAUUAAUGAACUUCACAACGAAGUGCGUUCUUUAACCAAGUACCCAACAUAUCUGAGUUUGUCUUUGGACCAGAGAAUCCGCCCUCGCCACAGGUUUUUGGUUUCCCUUAAGAAAGCUCCCAAUGGCCCAUUUCCCUUAAGUUAUUUUGUUCCAACAGAUGAGUGUUUCUGCGAGCAGCGGGCUGGGACCAGUUUAGAGAAGUAUCUGGCAUUUCGUCAGAAGCUACUGCUGAAGGAUUUUGCAAAGAAAUGUGAGAAACAAAGAUAGCAUGAAGAGAGUAUACUAACAGAGAUAUAGGAAGAACUGAGCGGUCAUGCUCUAACAUACCCCAUUUUUUUUCUGUCGGACUCUAACAUCCCCUUGAACUGCUGAAUUUUGCAACAACUACUGUGGAAGCCUUGGACUCCUUACCAGUGGAUUAUCUUUAAGUAAAAGCAUAGAAUUUGCAGCUUCUUUGGGUGCUGAUGGGAAAUACAAGUGGGGACAGCGAGACAAGAGUUGAAAACUUUCUAAUAUGAGUUCAAUACAUAUGACUGAGCGGAAUCAUAGAAACAGAUACAUGUCUGGUAAAUGAUCCAGGGUCCCUCAUCUUCGAAAUGUCUCUCUUUCAAGCAGUUGAAUUCUUGAGGUUGGGGCCAUCGUCAGGCAAUUUCGAUGUAUGAAUUUUGUUUAAGACGAUAGUGUUGUAGAUAAUUGUAAAAUUUGAGGAAUGCGAUGCAAGUUCAUGACGUGUUCUGCCU